CUCUACCCUCAACCUCCAGUCUCAUCGCCUCCUCCUUACCGGUACAUCGUGUCCUCUCAUCUCUAUCUUGUUGGUUCGUUGCGUCCUUACCCUGAUCAACAAGUCUUAGUUUCAGAUGGAGAUGCUUCAGCGGUAGUUACAGCACUUACUGAACUGGGCAAUGGAAAACCAAGGUUCUAUUCAACUCCUGAAAUAAUUGCUUUCUGCAGAAAAUGGCGCCUACCCACAAAUCAUGUGUGGCUGUUUUCAACAAGUACAAUAAAGGGAGAUGUGCCAGCAGCUGUUAGAAGUUUUUUCUACGGAGACUUUGCAUAUCCAAAUUUGUUGCAAAACAUGUCAGAUUACAUGUAUUUUCAAAGUAAGGCAAUUCUUACAUCCAUGCUUGAGAAUGUCGAGAAGAAAAAUGACUUCGUAUUGACAAUCUUCUCAGAGAUGGAAAAGGAGCAUCUAAGUUCUAACACAACAUAUCAAGCUGAUGAGAAUAAAGAUGUACAACAAGAGUGGUUCACACCAGAGUUCAUAAAUGACAUCAAAUGUUCCGGAUUACCUAACCACAAGUUGACUUUGAAGACAGGAGUCAUUAUAAUGCUACUGCGAAACAUAGACCAGACUUUAUGUUUAUGCAAUGGAACAAGGUUAAUAGUUAACGAACUUGGCAACAAUGUAAUUGGAGCGGCGGUAGUAACCGGUAGAAAUAUUGGCGACAAAGUGUAUAUUACAAAAAUGAACUUGAUCCUUUUAGAUUCAGGAAUUCCAUUUAAGUUCCAAUAGAGACAAAUUUCCAUUAACAAUGUGCUUUAACCAUCAACAA